CUAAAUUUUCUCGGAUACAAUCUCAACCCAUUUUUGAAUUUAAAUUGAUGGUUCUGGCCUGUUCCGAUUUCGGUCCGGCUCGAGUCUUUGCUAAUAUGGGUCAUUUGUUAGGAAAAUCACUGGCAGAUGACUAA